AUGUGCCAAAAGCAGCUCCUGGACAGGCUACUGCUGCACCCCCCAUUCGCCAUUCACAUUGCCUUGCCCUGUGGUACGGGUAGCCGAGCCCGAGAAAGGCCCAUAAGCAAGAAGGCGAGAUUGGCAGGUGCCCCGGAGCCUGUCCCGCUGAGGGACAACGAUCACAUUUUGGGCUUACCGAACCUGUCGGACACCGACAAGGCCCGGGUUCGCAAGGCCAAUGAGCUGUGUCGCUUCGUUGUCGAGCUGAUUCGUGCCUUACCUUCUUCCACUUUUGUGAGCAUCGAGAAUCCCAAUAAUUCCUGGAUUUGGGGAGUGCUAGCUUUCUUCGUGCAAGAAUCUCGAGACCCUGCCCUACUCGAGAAAUGGCGUCGCAUGAUCGAUGUGCGCUUUCAUAAUUGCAUGAAGGGAGGUCGACGACCCAAGCACAGUCGCUUUCGUUGCAGUGAUUCUCGCUUGUCUAGCAUGGCUGUGGAGUGCGACAAUCAACAUAGGCACGAUCCCUACCUGGUCUAUCAGACCGGCCGACAGUGGAGAUUCAGUACCGCUGAAGAGGCGGAAUAUCCGCCUCAACUUUGCCAGGAGGUGUCGCAACUGCUGGCCGCGACAGCGGGUUUGCCAUCCUGCUUAGAACCGCCGGCAGGUCCACGCGCUGUCUGGCCCCAACCACGUGGGAGCCACAAGCUAAUCCCUGAGUUCCUCGAGUUUCGCACCGAGGCUCCCCUAGAUAGGCCCUUUAAGGAGUUUACCUCGGGUUUAGGGGGUGGUUCCGGGAGGUUCGGGGUGUACAGAACGCCUACCGAGUUCAUCGAUUGUGCCCUAAAGCUCAGCCAUCCCUUUGAUACCCAGCACUGCGUCCCAGAUGCCGUCAAAAGGAACAUCUUCAGACGGCUGACCGAAGGACCAUCUGCUUUUGCUGAAGAGAGGCUCAGACUUUACAACAGGCUCAACCAGAUGGAGAAAGAACUUCGCUACGAGGAGGCGCGACUGCAUUCAACCCUGCCUGACCACACUCGCGAAGUCAUCAAGGGAAAGAACCUUCUGCUAUGGGCACAAUUGCUGAAGGAGACCAAAUUUCCUGAUGAAGGAGUCUUCGACUUGAUGAUGGGCGUCGAUUUGGUGGGCAAGCCAGACAAAUCACCCUUGUUUGAAACCAAGGAUUCGCCGGCUACAUCCACACCUGAGCUUCUCCUUGAAUCAGCUCGCUGGCGCAGAGAGAGGCUCAAGGGCCGUGAUCCGCACGAGAAAGAUCCGGAGGCGACCUGGCAACUCUGGGAUUGCACUCUAAAGGACCGGGACGACGGCUUUCUCACAGGGCCGUUCUACGAUGAGGACGAAGUGAAAAAGCACCUUGGAGUAGAGGAGUUCGUCUGUUCGAGAAGGUUCGUCAUCGAGCAGGGCACGCCGGAGAGGCCCAAACUUCGACCGAUCGACAAUUACAAGGAGGGCGGGGUCAACGAAGCUUACCAUAGCCUCGAGAAACUCGCCUUGUUUGAUGUCAACUGGAUGACGGCGAUGGCGACUUACAUCGCGCGGGUCUCGGAUGGAACUGGCGAUUUGGAGAUUGUUCUCAGCACGGGAGAAAUUCUACACGGAGAGCUGCACUCUUCUUGGAAAGCUAAGAAGCCCGUCUGGCAGGGGCGAACGCUGGAUCUGGAAAAGGCGUAUCGUCAAGUUCCACUUUCAACGGAGUCGCUACGACUGGGGGUAGUCAUGGUCACGGACCCUAACAGCGGCAAGCCUUGCUACUUCGUGGCCCAGAGUUUACCCUUCGGUGCAUCAUCGUCUGUGUUUGCUUUCAACAGGCUGUCAAGAUCGAUCUUGCAUCUGAGCUGGAACUUGAUUGGCAUGAUCUCAGGAUGCUUCUACGACGACUUCCCGCUUCUUGAAAUCCAAUCUUCUGCGAAGCUUGUCUCUGAAUCAUUCGAACACCUGCUACGGAAGAUCGGGUGGAGGUAUUCCAACGACCCGGCCAAAACCUCGCCUUUCAAUGAGAGCUUCGAUCUACUUGGAAUACGUCUCAAUGCAGGUGACAUCUCCAAUGGCGUCGUGGUGCUCCAAAACAAGGCAUCAAGGCUGGAGAAGAUGAAAGAUACUUUCAUCCGCAUGGCGUUGAAGGGUGAAUGGGAUCUGCGACAGAUUCAGUCACUGCAAGGGCAAGUGAACUUCGCUUUGGGCUUUGCCUCGGGAAGAGCAUUUAAGAUGCUGCAGCGUGCACUUGGAAGCUUCAUCAGGAAUCCUGAAGAUCGCAGCGCGAGUGACUUCCAGACACUUUGCGAGUUCGGGAUCCGCUUGAUUGACGAGUGCAAACUUCGUGUCGCCACCUUCGGCGUGGUGGUCCUGGAUCCCUUCACUUCUUCUAAGCUAGUGGCCGGAGGUCGCAUACCGAAGACUCUGGUGGAAUUCUGGAAGCUUGACAGCCCCGAACAGGUGAUUGCUCAGGCUGAAGCUUUCGCCGUGGUCCUCGCGAGAGAAGCUUUCAGAAAUUUCAUCCAUGGCAGGCGAACCAUUUACUUCAUCGACAACGAGGGAGCGAGAGAAGUCUUGAUCAAAGGGGCGAGCAAGUCACGCACGCUCCUGCUUUUGGGAGCACGCUUCUUCGAGAUGGAAAACCUGGAUCAAAGCUUGACGUGGUUAGAGAGGGUUCCAUCUGCUAGCAAUGUGGCAGAUGGUCCGAGUCGUGGUGAGAUUGCCGAGACGGCGAAAGUCAUUGGUGGCACGAUCGUUGAUCUACAGGAGAAGGUAGAAGAACUCGGUGAGUUGUGCAAAUCAACUGUACAGAUACCUUGGAAGCUGCUCAAGUAA